CCAACCCCCCUCUCUCUUUCCCAAACCCUUUUCCAUCUCCAAAGAAGUAUCGUGCUCCUAUUCUCCUCCUUCGCCCCCAGCUAUUUCUUUAUCUCUUUUUCUCUUUUUUGUCCACCAUUUCCCUUCUAUCUUCUAAAUUAGUUAGCUUAUACAAUAUUGUGAUGAAGUAUUCUCUCAAUGAUGGACCAUUUUUCAUAAAAGUAUUAUUAAUGAGACAUGGGAUUAACAAAAGUUUGACAAACUUAUUGGUCCUUGCAAUUGCCAAGGUAUGGCGAAAGGAACAUGAUGGUCUUGUGAAGAUGAUGGUCUUAUGAAGAAGAUUGCCAACUGGUUAAUGUAGAUUAGUCGGCAUUGGAAUGUUAGAAUGUGUUGACAUUUGGCUUGUAAAUGAUAUUGUUUGUUUCUUUUGGAUUAGUUGGCAUUGAGAUUUGAGAUGUUGGAUUGUAUAUGACAUUUGGGUUGUAAAUAAUAAUGUUUGUUCUCUGUUGGA